AUGGAUUUAAGAAAUCCUAAUCGUGAUCCAAAUUCGAGACGUGUACUAUAUCGUACUAAUAAAGAAGAAAACCGUAAAGAAUUGAAACAUGUUAAGAUCGAUGAAUCUACGUUAGCUCAAGAAGGUAAGAAGCUUGAUUUACCAAAGAAAAGAUUUUAUCGUCAAAGAGCUCAUUCGAAUCCAUUUUCCGAUCAUCAGUUAGACUAUCCAACUUCUCCAGAUGAUAUGAAUUGGUCGAAACUAUUCCCACAUUAUUAUGAUUCAACAACUGGUAAAAUGACUAAAGAUGUCACCAUCGCUGAUAUUGGUUGUGGGUUUGGUGGUUUAUUAAUUGAUCUAUCACCUGCAUUCCCAGAAGAUUUGAUUUUAGGUAUGGAAAUCCGUGUUCAAGUCACCAAUUAUGUGGAGGAUAGAAUUAUUGCAUUAAGAACCAACCAUGCCAAAGAUUAUCAGUAUCAAAAUAUUAAUGUCAUUAGAGGUAAUGCUAUGAAGUUCUUACCAAAUUUCUUCCAGAGAGCACAAUUAUCAAAAAUGUUCUUUUGUUUCCCAGACCCUCAUUUUAAACAAAGAAAACAUAAGGCAAGAAUCAUCACCAAUACUUUACUAAGUGAAUAUGCAUACGUCUUAAAGGACAACGGUGUAAUUUAUACAAUUACUGAUGUUGAAGACUUGCAUAACUGGAUGGUAAAGCAUCUGGAAGAACAUCCAUUAUUCGAAAGAUACGAUAAGGAAUGGGAAGAUAAUGAUAAAUGUGUUCAAAUAAUGAGAAACGCUACUGAAGAAGGUAAGAAAGUUGAAAGAAAGAAGGGUGAUAAAUUUGUUGCAUGUUUUAGAAGAUUGCCAAACCCAGCUAUUGUAUAG